AUGGUCCAUGAACCUGUGGUGUAUGAGUAUGACUAUGAUCCCACCCUUCAACGGAUACCUAGCUCGUUUUCGCCCUUGGUCAAUGGUCUGGCUGGCAGUGGGAAUAAACAGAAGAAGAGAAUUAAGAAAAAAAAGAUAAACGCCCCUUCCACCACGGCACCACUUCGACCUCUGGACCCUCUUCUUGCUGUUACUACUGCUGCUGCUGCCUCCCGUUCGUCUCCCUUCUUCCCUCCUCUUCUUCUUACUCCCUCCUACUCUUCCUUCCUCGUCCUCCUAAUCCUCCCAAACUCUCUCCAACACACACUUUGGUCCUUCACGGAAAGACGACCACCCUCUACCAAUAGGUGCGUUGGGCCCGAAUUCACUGCCCCUCCCCCUCUUCUUCCCGUCCCCUCCUUGGUGCUGGAACAUCCUUGUCCUGAUUCUGCAUAUUGGGCACCUUUGGCGACCUGUUUGCCAGGCGCGUUGAAACGGCGUCUUUUCGUAGACUUCAAUUCUCCCAAAAUCACAAUCUGCUCGAUCGCGCCGCCCAAAAUGGCUUCCAGACCUGAGAACAUUGGCAUCAAGGCCAUCGAAAUCUACUUCCCCAACCAGCGCCGAAAUCGCAAUCCACACGCCAGCACUGCCAGAAUUACCCCUCCUCAAUCUCCCACCCCAGGCUCGGGCGGGUUAAAAGCCCGCUCCUUGUUGAAGCUCUCACAAGAUUCUGAGAGCAUUUAUGUCGAGCAAACCGAGCUUGAGACUUUCGAUGGCGUCAGCGCCGGCAAGUACACCAUCGGCCUUGGUCAGACCAAGAUGGCCUUCUGCGACGACCGCGAGGACAUCUACUCCUUCGCUUUGACCGUCACCUCCAACCUGAUCAAGAAGUACAACAUUGACACCAACUCCAUUGGUCGCCUCGAAGUCGGCACUGAGACUCUCCUGGACAAGUCCAAGUCCGUCAAGACUGUGCUCAUGCAACUCUUCGGCGAGAACACCAACAUUGAGGGUGUCGACACUGUCAACGCCUGCUACGGAGGUACCAACGCCUUCCUUAACUCUGUCAACUGGAUCGAGUCUUCCGCCUGGGACGGCCGUGAUGCCAUUGUUGUCGCUGGUGACAUUGCCCUCUACGCCAAGGGUAACGCCCGCCCCACUGGAGGCGCUGGCGCAGUCGCCAUGCUUGUUGGCCCCAACGCUCCCGUUGUUCUGGAGCCUGGUCUGCGUGGUACCUAUAUGUCCCACGUCUACGAUUUCUACAAGCCCGACCUCACCAGCGAGUACCCCUACGUCGAUGGUCACUACUCCUUGACCUGCUACACCAAGGCUCUGGAUGCUGCCUACCGCGAGUACAACAAGCGUGAGGCCAAGCUCGCCAAGGCUGCCAACGGCCACGCCAACGGCAGCGGAGCCACCAACGGAGAGUCCAAGAUCCCCAAGACCAGCCUUGACAGAUUCGACUACUUCUCCUUCCACGCUCCCAACUGCAAGCUCGUCGCCAAGUCGUACGCUCGCCUGCUCUACCACGACUACCUCGCCGAUGCCGACUCACCCGUCUUCGCCGAGGUCGCCCCCGAGCUCCGCGACAUGGACUACGAGAAGUCGCUGACCGACAAGGUCGUCGAGAAGACCUUCAUGGGUCUCACCAAGAAGAAGUACCAGGAGAGAGUCGCUCCUGGUGCCCAGGUCGCCACUCUCCUCGGCAACAUGUACUGCGGUUCCGUUUGGGGCGGUAUUGCCAGCUUGCUCUCCUACGUUGACGCUGCCACUCUCAAGGACAAGCGCGUUGGUGUCUUCAGCUACGGCUCCGGUCUGGCUGCUAGCUUCCUGUCUUUCCGCAUCAACGGAGACGUCACUCCUCUCGCCAAGGUGCUCGACAUUCCCGCCAGACUCGAGGCCCGCACCAAGCUUGCCCCCGAGACCUACGAGGCUUUCUGCGACCUCCGCCACCAGGCUCACCUCCAGAAGGACUUCACCCCCAAGGGUGACGCCUCCACCAUCACCCCCGGUACAUACUACCUGGAGAAGGUUAACGACAAGUUCCAGCGUUCCUACAGCAGGUGGCUGCAUAGAUCCUGCGACAGCAUGAGAGCUGAAGGAGCACGGCCAGCAUUACGUACUUUAAUCAGAGGAGGAAAUACAGAGACGCCGCCGGCCACGACAGACGGAGAUUCUGUCGUGAGAGAGGAAUCGGCGCUUGGAAUGCACCUCGCAAUAGGGGCAUUGUAUAUACCAGGCCAGAUAGCCGUAUUUGAGCGUCCAUUAGGACGAAUGAAGCUGGAAGAAUAG